AUGAAAACUGUAGCUCAGCAGAUGUUCCGGACCUGCAACAAACUUUUCUCUAGAAAAACACCAAAUGAUGUUGUGGAGGCCCAUCCAUCCAACAUAGAAACAGCAGCACAACUGGAAAACAUCCAACAUUUUCCCAGUCCUUCCCGUCCUCCCAGUUUGGAGGCUGUGAGAGAGGGUGCUGUCCACCAUGUGGCAGUGGUGAUAGAGAGGGCCCACCAUGGUGGUGGAUGGCUCCUGUCUGGCAUAAUCUGCAUCAACAUCCUGAUCCUGGGCUGUGCUCUGGUCAGCGCCAGUGCCUCCAACAGCGUGGCCAUUACUGCCGUGCACCAGCAAAUCUUCCUCAUCAUUCUCAUCCUCCUCACAAUGUUGUGGAUGCUGUUUUACACAGUCGUCACCUCUCGAAAGGAUCAAGCAGUCUUGUUCAAAGACAGUCAUGCAGGGCCUGUGUGGCUCAGAGUUGGACUUGUGCUGUUUGGCCUGCUCAGUCUGCUAAUGGACAUCUUCAAGAUUGCCAACUAUGUGGGCUACCUUCACUGCGACUCAGCUGUUAAAGUUGCUUUCCCUGUGGUGCAAGCUGUAUUUUUGGUUGUCCAGACAUACUUCCUGUGGAUUCAUGCAAAGGAUUGUGUGCAGCUGCACACAAAUUUCACACGGUGUGGGCUUACCCUUACACUUUCAACUAACUUGGUGGUGUGGAUGGCAGCAGUGACUGAAGAAUCAAUUCACCAAACUGAGAUCCCUGAUUUAAAUUUCACUGUCUCACACAAGAUGUACAGAGCUAGCUUUGGUGAUAAGAAGUGUAAAUGCAGCCACUCAGUGUGUGACACCUUCAAAGAGGCCUACUACUACCUGUACCCCUUCAACAUAGAAUACAGCCUCUUUGCUUCUGCCAUGGCCUACAUCAUGUGGAAAAAUGUGGGUCGACUUGUGGAGGAUCACAGUCACCACAACGUUGAGUUCCGUCCAAAGGAUGUGUGUUUAGGACCCUUAAUGGGAAUACUUCUGGUGGUGACAGGACUUGUUACAUUUAUAGUGUAUGAGGUGUAUAUACUAGAAGAGGAGGAGGAGGAGAAGAAGAGAAACAUGGCCUUGCUGAUUCAUUUUAUCAUGAAUAUAGUGAUAGUGAGCCUGAUGUCCCUCUCCGCUAUGAUCGGCUGCAUUUUCUACAGGCUGGAUCGCAGGGAGCACGUAUCGGAGAAAAACCCCACUCGAAGUUUGGAUAUGGGGCUCCUGGUUGGAGCCUCGAUGGGACAGUUCAUCAUCAGCUAUUUCACUAUUGUGGCUGAGGUGGCGACGGGAGCCAGAGGCUACCUGAACGCCCUCAACCUGGCCUGGGCUGUGCUGACGGUGCUUCAGCUCGGCCUUCAGAACUACUUCAUCAUUGAAGGCCUGCAUCGGGAGCCCUUCCAUGUGAUGCAGGAAGCAGCUCUGCACACCAAUGCUCACGCCUUCCAAGAACAUGUAGAGAUGAGCAUUGUGAUGGAGACCAAUAAGUCUAGCUACUUCCCAACUUCAAGUUUUGUUAAGCCAAGUUGGAAGAGAAGAGUUCUGAAGGAAGUCUGUGCUUUUUUGCUGCUUUCUAACAUCAUUCUGUGGAUCAUGCCUGCAUUUGGUGCUCGUCCCCAGUUUGAUCAUCCCACAGAGAUGCAAUUCUACAAAUUCACAAUGUGGGCCGCUAUUGUGAAUAUUGGACUUCCUUUUGGAAUCUUCUACCGCAUGCACUCAGUUGCUAGUCUGUUUGAGGUGUACCUAAUCUCUUAGCUGAAUCUAUUUUUGAGUAUGGAGAGCACU